AUGGCUCGCUGGGUUCCGUCGCUGCUUGCCAGGUCGCAACUCCUGCAGACAGCAAGGAGAGGAGCACGGGAUCUCCACUCAACGUCGGUUCAAUCUGUAUUAGCUCAUCAGCUCAAGUUUGGGGUUGCGAUGGCUGCUCCCAGGUUCAGGGCAUGCCGUGUUCGUUACAUGAGCACCGAGGCCCCCGAGGAUCUUCCAGCAGCAGAGUCGGAGGAAGCCCUCUCCGGAGAUGCCGAAGGCGUGCCCGCGGCCGCUGCUGAUGAGAACGUGCCGCUCAAGGGAACGAGGGCGCGACGGCUCACGAUCAAUCCCUACGUGCCGCACCCGGGACAGACUGAGCUGCCCAAGACUCCGUUCUUGUCCUCUGAGACGAAAGGGUUGAUCUACCGUCUCCAUACUGAAGAUCCACUGAAGAACUCCGACGAGGCCCUUGCGGAGAGAUUCGGACAUGGAGUUGUGAACUCAGGAUAUAGUUCUCCGCUCUACAGGCCUGAUCGAGAGGGCUUCAGAGGAGUGAGGGCAGAGAUCCAAGAGAAGGGCAUGAAAGCUCGUCCCUUUCCUUCCUUCAAGGAUGCGGAUCCCAUCAAGGCUCGCAACAUUGUCGCAUUCUACGAGAAGAAAUACGAUGGAGCCAACUUCCAGAAUCCCGUGGCUAGAGAGGAGCGUCGUCUCCAGAAAGCUGCAGCGGCUAAGGUCGACUUCACGCCCCUAGAGCAGAGACAUGGCAUUCGUCCAUCGAUGAGCAAACGCUUUGAAUACAUCUUUGCUGACAUUAGCAAAGGAGUAACGGGGGAGCAGCGACUUGUGCUCACCCGCGGGAAGGACGGUUCCCUCAAGGCAGCCUCCCAUGAACAGAGGUACAGAGUUGAGCGACGUGUUGCUCCUCCCAGGCACCCCCGCACUUAA